GCUGACAUUUUACGAAGACGAUAUCUAUCAACACGUACAGUGAGACGACUGUACUUUGGAGUGGGUUCAUUAAGCGCUGGCAUAUUCAUCGUUGCUGCUGGUUACGCCARKACAGCAUCCCUCGCCAUCGUUCUUAUGUGUGUGGGCGUGGCAUCGUCAGGACUAUUGCAYUCUGGGUAUAAUGUCAAUAUGUUGGAUAUUGCACCUGGUUAUGCAUGUGUUAUAAUGGGRAUGUGUAAUACUUUGGGUACUUCCGCAGGGUUUCUAAGUCCAAUGUUAGUUGGAUUUCUUACGGCUAACAAGGAAGCCAAAGAGUGGCGCACUGUAUUCUGGAUAACAUUACUAAUCUAUGCACUUGGUACAGUAAUAUUUUGUUUGCUUAUGUCGGCUGAAGUACAACCAUGGGCUAAAGAAACCCUUAAAGAACACAAGCAGGAGAAAAGCCCCCYUCCCUUAGACGACAGCRCAGACACCGAAAAGGACGCCAAGGACGCCAUUUGAUUCCUAGCUGAACUGCCGUUGCUAAGGAUAUUUAUCGUUGCUAAGGUCUAAGACCGCUGCCUGGCAACACUCAUAUGAUCGACUUGGUCGAGGGUAGCCAUGACAAUUCAAUUCUCGGAAACUAUCGUUGCUAAGAUCGAAUUUUAAUUGUUGAAAAGAACUUAAGCUGCUGCUAAGCAACACUGUACAAACGACUUGGACGAAGAUCGACAGGGAAAUUUGAUUCCCAAAAACUAUCGUUGCUAAGGAUUUUUUGAUCCCUAGCAACUACAGCCGUUAUAAGCUGGCAACCGGGUGAAUGGCAGCCGUCAAACGGUGGAACGUGAGUUGUUCAAGAAGGGAACAGGAGACAAAGGAUCCCUGAUGAAAAUAAGAUUCAUCACAGAGUUAACACAACAAGAACGAAGAUCAAAGUUCGAAAAAAAGUCUAGAAUUAUUUCAACAUUUGAUUUAUUUAUUUAGACUUUUAAAGUAACAAAAUGUCUUUAGGAAGUUCUCCGAACAUUUAUUGUCAGAGGAGUCAGAGAGUUUUCACUGUAAUAUAUUUUCGUAUUGUAAAAAUUGACAAGAAACAAUAAAAU